CAGCUUUUAUGUAAAUGAGGGUGUUUCCGCUAGUUUACCAAAAUGGCUAAGACGUACGAUUAUCUCUUCAAACUUUUGCUUAUUGGUGACUCUGGGGUGGGAAAAACAUGCUUGUUAUUCAGAUUUUCAGAAGAUGCAUUCAAUUCCACGUUUAUAUCGACUAUUGGUAUUGAUUUCAAGAUCCGUACCAUUGAGCUAGAUGGCAAGAAAAUUAAAUUGCAGAUAUGGGAUACUGCUGGCCAGGAAAGGUUUCGAACCAUAACCACAGCUUACUACAGAGGGGCUAUGGGAAUCAUGCUAGUUUAUGACAUCACCAAUGAGAAGUCCUUUGACAAUAUCCGAAACUGGAUUAGAAACAUAGAAGAGCAUGCUUCAAAAGAUGUGGAGAAAAUGGUUCUAGGAAACAAGUGUGACAUGAAUGACCGGCGGCAAGUCUCAAAGGAACGGGGUGAACAGCUGGCCAUAGAGCAUGGCAUCAAGUUCAUGGAAACUAGUGCUAAGGCUUCCAUCAAUGUGGACGAUGCCUUUUUCACACUUGCACGAGAUAUCAAAGCAAAGAUGGACAGAAAAAUGGACACAGGUGGACAACCUGGGCGACAAGGAGCACAUCAGCUGACAAAGAAAGAUGGUGGUCCCUCCAAAAAGUCCAUCUGGAGGUGCAGCAUUCUCUGAUCCCUGUAAAAUGCAAUACCUACCCUAUCCCCCUACUCCCUGUAGACUUUGCCUGUUGCCAUGGUGAUGGAGCAGAUUCCAGAGAACAGCAAAAAAUGUGAGAGAUGAUGUGGAUAUGCUGUCCAUGGCUUGGCAGUAGCUGAGAGCUUGUGGAGGGUUUGGAGCUUGAGGAGGUUUCAUUUUUGGAGCUUUCUGAGGCAGGUUGUUGUUUGUUGUAUUUUGGUGGGCUGUAACACCGUGAGAGCUGGUGGAAGGUUAAAGGGCAGAGCAUCCAAGUUAUACUGUAACAUCAAAGUGUCUGCGAAAAAUAAACUAAGAAGUCAGUAUCUUACAGUAAACAUUGACAUCUUCUGAGCUGAGACAAAAUUGCUUUAUAGCAAAUCUACAUUGUCAUAGUAAAAAUAAAUGACUAUCUGAGGACCUGAGAAGACAUUUUUCACUUACCAGACUGUGCCAGCAAUCCUUUCAACAACAGAGUUCAACCCACUAGUGUAUAGAGUUCUACUGCUUCUGCACUCAAGCAGCUGCAUCAUAUGGGCUUCAGUGCAUGUGACUCUCUGGUGACUCUGCUGUUUGACUUUUACAUUGUUGCAUUUGCAUCAUCUGUUUGUGAAGACUGGUUGGUGUCACACUCCCUGUCAUUACACAGACGUGUGUGUGUGCGCGCGCAUGUGUGUGCAUGCUUGUGUUUGUGCAUGCUUGUGUUUGUGUAUGGGUACGUUUAUAUGUGCAUGCCACAUAAAUUGUGUGGAAUGAAUAUGCAAGCUAUUAGACCUCAUUAGCGUAAGCUCAGAAAGGCGUUUUCCUCUAAAACCACAGUUAAACUAGACGUUUGCAAUCUUACAAAUCCUUUAGUCAUGCUGUAGAGUCUAAAUGAAGAGUUAGUACAUCUAGAUGGUCAGUCCAUAGAGCAACCCAAUGAAAGAUGUGAAGAUAUUAAAACAUCACCAGUGACUGCUGCCUGAUGAAGCCUCCCUAGCAUCUGAGGUCUGCAACUUGCAACAUCCCAGCAGUAUACCUAUGGUACCAGUUUAGCAGGCACUAAUGUGAGAUCACUUUUCCAAAACCCAUACCCUUCCUUCGUGACUUGGUCUUGGGGUCAUGAGAUCAACUGCUAUCAGCCACAGGCUGUUCUUGUCACAGACUGGUCAUCUGUCUCUUUUCAUAAUGUAUGCCAGUCAGAUAAUGCACCACUAUCCACAUGGAAGCAUGGCCACAUAUCAGAGUAUAGAGACUAAAACUGGAUGCUGCCUUAUAUGGGAAUAAUCUUUCCAUUGGUUGAGCCAGAAUUUGAACAUGUACUGAGGUGCUUCAUCAAAAUACAGAAGAUUCCAGGUCUGAGACUUGAUUUUAGCCUUUAAUUAAAACAUCAGUGCCUGAAAAAAACAUUUCCAUCUUCUGUAUGUCCACAUGCUUAAUUCAGAACAUGACCAUGUUUUUUCGGUGCAAAAAUCAAGACUGUCAUCAAAAUUUAGUGUUUAGGGCUCUUCCCCUUCCUCCUAUGCAUCAGGCAAUAUGCUUAAAAAGAUGCAUGUGGCCACAUGUAUGGGAAAGCUUUCCUGUGACUAAAACAUGGAAUCCUUGGAAUCAUUUGGUUCCUUUACUGUCCAGCACAUGCAGAAUGUCAGUAUUGUAAAUCAAGAUAGUCCAAAAAAUGGGUGUGCAAAUGCUACCCAAUGUUGGAAGUAAAAGCUUAGUGUCUAGGAGGUUAAAGCCUCUUAAGAGCAUCCUGCUAAGCAAAAACUAUAUAUAUAUGUAAAAAUAUUGUUGAAGUUUGCUGAAUGGUAUAGAUAUCUUGGUGAAAGGAAAUGUAAAAGCUUCCAACAUUUGUCUAACAGUGAUGUGAAAAUAUUUAUUUUAUUGAUCUUUCAAGCACGAUUUAACUGGAGGUUUGCCCAUCUGAGUACCCAUUUUUAAUUAUUUAUCCUGAUCUGCAAACCCAUGAGAAGGGUGUAAUGCAUUUGUCACUUGUAGGUGGAAUGUUUGCAGUCGGGGAGGGAGAAGGGGAGUUAAAGUGCUGCUUACACCAAAAUUUUAGACAGUAAACUUUCAGACCCGAAGGGUCUAAAAUGGUCAAAAUUUAAUCCAAAUUUAUCUUGUGGCCCCCAUUUUUCUUUCUAAGUGGGAUCUUAAACAGGUUUGUAAACAUGCUUAUGUUUGUAAAAGUUGCCAUCAUUCAUUAUCAUGAAGCCUUCAAACUGUAAAGAUUUUUCAAAGAUGUUCUUGGAAAUAAAUAAUUUUUAUCAAAGAAACAAGAGAAUAAA